AUGGCGUACCGGAUGGUUUUUGGACACGACAAGGAUGAGAUGAUUGACCUGAAAACCCUAAUUGGAGAGGCCACCAGCUUGGCUGGAACUUUCAAUAUUGCAGAUUACUUGCCCUUCUUAGGGUCAUUUGACCUUCAGGGAUUGACUCGACGUUUCCAGGCAGCCAGUGAAGCUAUAGAUGAAAUCUUGGAGAAAAUAAUUGACAAGCAUACAAAAGAUGCUAAGGAUGGAGUGAAUCAUAUGAAUUUCAUGGACAUCAUGCUAUCACUGAUGACAAUCGUAUUGGACAUCGUUGUUGGUGGAAUCGACUCUUCGCUUAUUUCCGUCGAUUGGGCUCUCGCAGAACUACUACGACAUCCAAGGGUGAUGAAAAAGGUUCAAGAAGAGUUGAAGAAUGUCGUUGCCAUGGGUCGAACAGUAGAAGAGAGUGAUUUGAAAAGUUUAAUUUACAUGAAUAUGGUGUUGAAGGAAGCCUUGGGACUAUACCCAGUCGGACCUUUCUUGAUCCCACGUGAGUCUGUAGAGCAUAGCACAAUCAAUGAGCAUUACAUACCUAAGAAGCAAGAAUUCUCAUAA